UUUUCAUUGUGGCACAGAGAAUCCAGUUGAAGAAGCUUUUUGGCACUCCACACUACAAAUACCCCCCACAUCCCCUACUUGCUGCACCAUCAAACCAGAACCAUUCCUCUAACAACAUCUGAAUCACCACCACCACCACCACUCUCACCCUUUUCUUUCUCCUUUGCAACUCACACUCCAAGUUGAGAUGUCAACUUUUGUAAGCGAGAAGUUUCAACCCAAUAAGCCUCUGAAAAUAGAAGAAGAGACCAUGUUCUUGCAGAAGCAGGGCAUUGUCACCAUUUUAGCCUCUGAAUCUAACUCUGUUAGAAACAGAGCUAUUACCACCGCUUCUCUUAGACGGACCCUAUCCGCUGACAUGUCUUCCAAGAAAUGGAUUUCUCAAAAUCCCAUGAAGAAAACUGUUUCCUCUGAAGAACUCUCACACUCAAAAGCCACUUCUGAAUCUCACUCACUGUCCUCAUCAUCUGAAGAAGACAAUGAAGAAAUGAAGGAGAUAGAAGCUGAAGCUGAGCAUGAUCAUCAGAAAACAGGACCCUUUAACAUGUGGGGUUCAAUCUUUACCCAAAAAGCCAAAGAUGAAGCCCUUAACUUGUCUCCUUAUGUUCACCCACUUGUGAAAAAGUCAAAAAGCUUCUUGAGUGACAAGAGUCUCCAAAUAUGCACUGAGAGCCUUGGAUCCGAGACUGGCUCAGAUGGGUUCUCUUCUUACCCAUCAUCUGAAACAGGAGGAACAGAGGAGGAACAGAGCAGUGAAAAGGCACCAGAGGAAGUGACAUUUGAAGCACUUGAUGAUGAGGAGUUGCAUGUACCAAAAUACAACUAUGCUGCUAAGAAAUCAUUGCCUCGUUCUUUCCCUCCUCCACUCUCUUCACAAUCACUCCACAUGCGACCCCACCGUGACAAUGGAAGGUUGUUCCUGCAAGCUGUGCCUGUUGCUCCACAGAACAAUUUUUGUGCUCAGCGACAAGAUGGUCGUCUCGUCCUCACUUUUUCUAGUAAUCUUGAGGAAGAUGUUGAUGACUAUGUGGCUGAAGGAGAAGAAGAAGUGAAAGAUCAUGUGGUUGAAGAGUUUGAGGAAGAAUUUGAGGAAGAUGAUGAGGCAGAGGAAGGUGAUGAUGAGGCUGAGGAAAUUGAGACAAUGAAAUCAGAGCAAGCACAUAUUUUGUCUGGUGGAGUGUUAGCAUUGAUGAUGAAUAAACCAAUUGGGUUGGUUAAUAAGAGUCCAAGAUGGUCAGAGAAAUUCAACUUUGAAGUUGCGAAAUUUAAGGAUGUUAAUGGGGUGGUGCAACCUAGUACACUACCAAGUUCUUGUUUGGUUCCGUCAGCAGCAAAAGGUCCUAACCCAUUCUUCACCCAUCAACAGAAUCACAAUCAAACUUCAUAUUAUGGAGAAAAAUUGGUGGUUCUGAGAGGGAAGAAUGGUGAUUACUUGGUUCACAAUUUGAAGAGUUGCAAGGAUGCUAGGAGGUCUUUUCUAUUCUGGGAGCCUUAUUGCAUUGCUACCUCCUAAUUACCUCAUUGGCCUAAUUAAAUACUAGUUAUUAUCUCAUAAUUUAUAAUCUGUGAUUUUCUUUCAAUCCAGUUCCCUUCUAUUUCAGGGAACUGAAUUCAAAUAAAAGAAAAUGGGGAGAAAGGGAGGGAGGGAGAGUGAAAGAGAGAUAAUACUCUACUUGCAUGAGAUUAGAGGGAUUAAACAGUGUCAUGUAAUUAUUAUUUAUGAUUUAUCCAUCUGUGCUAUCAGACAAUUGAAGAACAUAAUCUGAGUUCAUCAUUAACUUUGUUGACUAUCUUGUGUCCUGUGUUAAAUUAUCAUGGUUUCUUUUCUUCAACUUUCUUUCUUUCGUACCAAUUGGAUGGUGCCCUGCCUAAGUGGUCUUAUUUUUGGGAACACCAUGAUCUGCCGCUGAUAUGUUCUUGAUUUUAAGUCAGGGAAAAUUAUUUGAUCACACCCAAUUUUAUUCACAUCUACAUACACUUAAUGGGUUGUUAGAAAAGCACUAUUCAUAAGAGAAGUUCCAAUCUUGGCCAUUCAAUUCAGUUUCCGAUCUAAUGGUUGAUUUUCAUUCCUCACCUAACCACAGUACCACACCUUCCAUCAUUCAUGUUUCCCCUCAUUCAUAACCAUAUGCUACCAGCCUACCACCAACUCCACUCCCAUCAUUCCUCAGAGGUGAAAGGAGGAAGAAGCAAAGGCAAGCUUGCAUCAACAAAAGCAUAAAUAAGAGGCAAGCUUGCAUCAACAACCAUGAAUCCUUCUCCACCACUGCAGUAAACCCCAGAGGUCAGAACAAAGCUCCUCCACCGUCCUCACUUUCGGUCGCUCCGCCACCGUAUCUCCGGUCACCGCUCGCCGUGCAAUCUCUGCCCAGCCACCAAUUGCUUCGCCCCAUAGCUCCGACAUGCCUCUAUUGUUGGUUGUUCAUCUCCCCUUUCUUUAAUCGCUCCUUCUCUCUCACUCUGUUUCGUAAUCUCCCAUUCCCUCUCUGUUUCUGAAUCACUCCUCUCUCUCUCAUUCUCGAUUUUUCGAAUCUGGGUAAGGAAAAGGGUAGAGGCGGCGGUUGUGAUAAGGGUUUGGGGCUGAGGUAUUGAUUUGGGGUUAAGAAAGGGUGAAGGGUUCCAUGGUUGAGGGAGAAGGAGGUGUGGCUUCCAUUAGAUUGUACGAGAACGCGUUUUUUGAUCCAAUUGAUGAUGGAGGCUUUUAUCAUGAUGUAGAAGAUGUGAACCGACAAUGACGCAAGAUACAGUGCAUUUUUGUACCUUAAGCUUCACUUCCCCGAUUUCAUCAUCCAUUUCAGAUUCGUGGCUCCAAUGGUGUACCGACAGAUGAGUUUCCUUUAUCCAAUUCUUCACUCAAUUGAUCGUACAAAUAGUUAACCUACUAAUAUUCAAUCAAUGUCCUACGGGUUAUAGAGUAUAGAGUAAUGACUUUCUUUCAAUCCCACUCCUAUAAAUACUCCUAUGCUUUUGGAGAGUGUGUGUUCUCAUGGUUAAUCUUUACAUUGUUUUAUUGUUUCAGCCAUGGUUCUUCUGGAGGUUGUAUUCAACCACUCAGGUUUUUUGGAAACCUAAUUUCACUGCUUUAUUUAAAUCCAUUGGCUUUUUUGUUUUAUGAAGACCGUUUGUUGUUUGUUUUCCUAGGUAUGAUGUUUUUAAACUCUGUUGAGAGUUGGAUUUUUUGUCAUUUAGUUCUUCUUGACUGAAGAUUAAAUAGAUUUUAUUUUUAGGCUUUAAUUAAUCUAUGAAUUUUUCAUUUUAGGAUGUGAUUGUUACUCCUAUUUAAUCAUGAUAUUAUAAUUAUACACAACUUCUCACUUGCUAUGAACCUAUUCUUCUAUUUGUUUUCUCUGGUGCAGUCACAAGAAAGAGGACAAGUUGUUUGGCAGAGUUCCACAAUUCAAGAGGAAGUAAAAACUUCUAGAGGUGUUGUCAAGGAAGAAACAAUUAAUAACUUGAUUUUGACUUCAUGUUAUCUGAAACCGUAUUUUGAUUUUGAUUUUGAUUUGAAGACCCUUCCUAAAGCUUACAUUUUAAGCUUUAAGAUUCAAUUUGGGUAUCUGAACCUCCAAGGCAAGAAGGAGUGUUGAGAAGUUAAACAUGGCUUUGGAUGAUGUUUAGAGUAGAUUAGUUUGAUUUGAAUAAGUCAAUUAGAAUCUGCCACUAGCUGUUAGUGGACUAGAUCGGUUCUUUGUUGUUUUCGAUUAUAAGUAACAGUCCCUAAAAUGAAGGAGUAUAUUAUCUCUCAUUUAGUAUUUUUUUAGAAAUGAGGUAGCAUAGUGGUAGCAUUUGUAACAUAUCUGAUUGUUUUCAAAUUAUGAUUACUGUUAUUUCUAACCCGUUUUUUUAUUGUUUGCAAGGGCAGAAGAUUGAGACAAGUAUUUGAAAAACAAUGAUCCUCUAAUUCAGGGGUGAGGUUGCUGAGGAUUAUUUUCAAUGCGAGGACGAGGGUGGUUCGUGAUGAAUCUGAGUUAAUUCCAAUGAUUAAUGAAUGGAUUGUCUCUUAAAAACUCAGCUGAGUUUGAAUUGACAAUGGGAGCAUGUGACUUUCUGACCGAAUGAGUAAGUGAAUAUAUAUGGAUGCGACGGGAAGCACGGUAAUGGGUUCAUAGGUGCUUUGUUUAAGGUCUCGGUGCUGCCCGAGAGACCUCCAAUGCCGGAAGAGCACUUCUUCUAGCACAUGAUCUUCAAGGGAGUUAUGAAGCGAUUGGAGAGAGAGCUCGAGGAGGAUAUCAAGAACAUGAGGGGUCGCUGCUGGUAAUUUACGAUUUGUAGUUCAUAAAGCUCUACUAAGGAUUGAAGCCUGGAACCCAUGUAUUUCCCAGCUUUGGUAAAUUCACGUUUUUAUUCACAGUGAAUCAGUGAUAUUAUUUGUUUUUUUACUGCAAUUAUGAUAUCUUGGAAUGGACUAUUACAUGAUGUUGAAUUUCUUCCGUC